GUUUUAUCAUAAAUAAACACGCAAUACACACACUAAAACACAUACAUUUAAAGUGAUUGACGAUGGCGGCAGUUAUGGAUCCACAUGACAAGAUGCGGUCUAGAGACAUUAGCAAGGUUGCCAAAGGGCAACAAGCACCGCGCCCGGCUCACGAGCCGGGCACAGUUUCUGCCCCGCCUCCUCCUUCCUCAACCAAGACUCCCGAGGAGAAGGCUGAUGAGAAAGACGCCGAGAAGAAGUGUUACUCGUCAUACCUUGAAUACCUCAAGUGCACAAAACAAAAGGGGAAAGGAGCCUCUGAGUGCAAGAAGUUUGCAGAUAAUUAUAUAUCAAACUGUCCUCCUGAAUGGAUUGAGAAAUGGGAGGAAGAAAGGAAGCAUGGGAUCAUUCAUGAUCAUGUUUAAAGCUUAAUAUAUAUACAUGCAUGUGAACGUGCUUAACAUUAACACAAGCAUUUCGAUCAUA